AUGUGGAAUGAGGUUCUCGACGUGCCUACCAACGAUACUCAUCGUGGUACUGCCGGCCCCAAAAUUCUGAUCGAGGCUCUGGAUUUUAUCAAUGCUCAUCUCAAUAAGCAAGAAUGCAGUCCGGCACAUGAAUCCCGGACAAGAAAGGCGAAAGAUGCGAUUGAGGAGCUCUUGAAGGAGUAUACGUCUCCAGGAACAGAGAACAUCAUAUAUGCCGGCCGAUGCUUUCUUUGUGGCGUCACAUCCAUGAACAAAGGGGUCUUGACAAGACAUUUCAAGGACCAGCAUUUCCCCCAGUUCGAAUACUCCUGUCCCAAGGAGGACUGCCAAAAGAAGCAACACCGCAAAGAUAAAAUUCAAAACCACAUUCGUGCCCACGAGGGAAUUAAACGUGAAAGCAUCAUCACGAAAGAGUUUGCUUGUCCCGCACAGUGUACUAUAUGCACAUUAACCACCAACAGCUGGGACGAGUUCUAUGCAUGCAUCAUCGGUCACCAUAAGGUUGGUGCACAGCAGCCCGAGCGUGCUGUUUCUCGAAACAGCAGUGUCGACCAUGGCCAAGCACCUCAGAUGGGCUCGGUUCCUACGAUUAAUCCCCCACUAUUUGUGUCGUCCCAACAGCUCACUGUCCCUGGUCCUGGUAGCGUUCGCAGUGAACGCUCUCCCUCCAACGCGGCUGGUAGCCAGCAUCGCUCAGAACCAGUGAGAAUAGGUCGAUCUCAUUCAGACUCCCAACGAGCGGAAAGGAAUAGAAUAAACUCCAACUCUUCUCGUUCUACCGCCCACAUAGGGGGCCGACUUCGAGGUAGCCAGCAUUCUCGAGGAAGAAACCCUUAUCCUCAACCUACGCAGAGUAACGAAAUAGUCCGGGGAAGAAUAUUCGGGCAAAGUGAGCCAUCGAACAGAAACACCCGAAGACUACAGUGUGCCGACUGCCUUGAAUCCUUCCGUGAAUGUGAUCUGGGUCUCACGGACGGACCAAGAUAUUAUUGUCCCGGAUGCUUCACUAGACGCUCAUUCGGAUCUUGCACGGUUCCCAUGGGAGCUCAGUAUUCUCAACAACCCCAGCCGUCAUUGGACACCGCAGUCUCUCCCCUCGAUAUAUUCCCUUACUACUGGACCCAUGAGACCUUUUCAACCAGGCAAGAUACUACACAACCCUUUCCUACCACCCAGUUCAACGAAGGACAGCGGAACCCCAGCGUCUCAAACAGGGCAGCCGCCUUCAGGAGCUCCCAAGGAUCCCCUCCCCAGAGUAAUGAUGUAAAUAAUUUUGGUAUCUGGGCCGUGAGACACAUAGACUCACCCACUUUCAGUGAAGAAGAGCUACCUCUAUGCUCCCCGUCGUCUCUGGGAAGUAAGUUGACUCCAACCAGCCCUUUGGCUAGCGCUUUUCCAUGGACGAAGACUUUACCCAUCGGACUGCCGACGAAGCCUCUCAAGGAUCUACCGACCAUCCCAAGUUCUUGGCUUGACAAUAGUAAGUAUCGGGUAGCACCUGCACCGGUCUAG